AUGAAUAUAACUGAUCCACGAAGUCGUUACACGGCUGCAGAAUACUUAGAUGCUAUGUCUAAAGAUGCGUUGGAAUCCAAUUUAAAUACUAUAUUUUCUUCACUUCGAAAUACUGAGCAAUAUUGGCGUCAACCAAGAAAUGAUUUAGAUUGUAUGACCCGACAUUAUGGACCUGCAACAUGGUUUAUAACGUUAAGUCCUAGUGAAUGGUUAUGGGACAAUUUAGGUGAUUAUAUUCGUGAAGUUAAUGGAUGGCAAAACUCUUUGUUGAGUACCAGUGAACUUGUUGCUAAAGAUCCUGUAUCAACGUCAAGAUUUCUUGAUAAUAAAUUUCGAGCAAUGAUAGAUUUUAUUUGUUCCAAAGAUUGUCCAAUUGGUGAAGUAACGCACUAUUUUUGGCGACGAGAAUAUCAAGGUAGAGGCAUACAACAUUUUCACUUAUUUCCUCGUCCCGUUACUGAAACACUGCGUAUGAGAGAUGUAGCAACUUCGAUAGCAGGCAGGAAACAAUUAAAACAUCAAAGCAGAUUGUAUGAUCUUCCUCGAACGGCUGAUGAAGUUGAUAUUAAUGAUUACAAUUCUGCUCUUCUUACUGCAUGGGAAGGAAAUAUGGAUAUACAAUAUAUUGGUGAAAAGUCGACACUGCUUACAUGGUAUGUUACUAAAUAUGUGAACAAACCAGGAAAAAGUGAGUUGUCGGACUUUGAUCUUGAGAGUUUUAAGAAUAAUAAAAACAAGUCAUUGGCAAGUGUUCUUUGGAAUUUUGGUUUACGAUCCUUAACUAAUAGAGAAUGUGGAGCUCUUGAAGCUGCUGAUACAUUGUUAAGUAUCGCUUUAUAUGGGACUGAUCGCAAUACAACUAUUAAAUGGUUAAACGUUAAUCGCAUACGACAGAGAAAAUUAAAAAGUCGUAAAGAAAUUGAAACUCUUAAUGGUGAAUCUACAGAUAUAUUUUGUCCAUCUGUAAUAGAUGAUUAUUAUCCAAAUAGACCUCAAGAAUUGGAGUCUGUAUCUCUUUAUGAAUUCGUACAAUGGUAUGAUAUCACGACGAUCGAACCACGAAGUAAUAAUAUUGAAUAUUAUAAAAUAAAUAAUAGUCAUUAUCUUAAACGGCGAAAACGCGCGUGUCUUAUUAAUCACUAUAAGUACAAUGUUGAAACACGACCGGAAGAUUAUUUCUUUUCCUUAUUGCUUAUGUUUAAACCAUGGCGAAAUUUAGAAGAAAUUAGAGAUGGUUGUGAUACUUACGCACAAGCAUUUGAAAAAGAAAAAUUACAUCUUACGGAAGCAUGGCAAUAUCACGAAAAGGUACAAGAAUUGCAAAAAGCAUUUGAAAAUGCAAAAGAGUUAAUUCGACAAGAAGAUGAAAAAUUACAAAAAAAUGUGUCUCAGGAUGAUCCUGAUAAUCCGAUAGGUAUUCAAAAUAUAGAAGCAGGUGAAGCGAUGCAAGAUUUUAGAGAUUUUGGUGAUAAAAUAGAAAAAAUUGAUGUUUCUGAAAUGAUAGCGAAAUUAAAUUUGGAUCAAAAAAGAGUAUUUGAUAGAGUUAUUAAUACUGUAAAGUCGGACAAUUCAAUAUUACGAUUAUAUGUUAGUGGAGAAGGUGGAACUGGAAAAAGUUUCUUAAUUAAAACAAUUAAAUGUUGGAUUAAACAAAAUCUUAACAAAGAUACUGCUCUAGCGGCACCUACUGGUAUAGCAGCGUUUAAUAUUGAUGGCUUGACAGUUCACAGAUUGCUCCAAUUACCUGUUGAACACGGUCAGACUUCAAAGUAUAAACCAUUGUCUAAUCAUGUUUUGAAAGUUUUACGCGCAGAGCUCAAAGAUGUUGUUCUUUUUGUGAUUGAUGAAGUGUCAAUGAUAUCAAAUUUGACUUUAAUGUAUAUACAUCUUCGAUUAAGUGAAAUAUUUGAUACUAAUGAUGUUAAAGAAGGUUGGUUUGGUCGAAAACACAUUCUUUUAUUUGGCGAUUUGCUUCAAUUACCUCCCGUACGUGAGGAUCCUGUUUUUGUGCAAUUAUCUAAUGACAAAAUUAAGACAUGUGUUGGUUCUUUAAUUACCGUUAAUUUGUGGACUACAUUAUUUCAUUAUGAUGAAUUGACGAUUAAUAUGCGUCAGCAAGAGGAUGAUACUUAUCGACAAUUGUUGUCGAGAAUUCGUAUUGGUUCAUUGACAAGGUCUGAUUGUGCCAAUCUUGAAAGUAGAAAAAUAUCUUUUAAAGGUAAUUCUGUGGAAUCUAGAUUAAAGGAAAUAUGUGAUUUUAUGGACAAUUUGCCAUCAGACACUGUUUGUUUAUUACCUACUCGUGAUAUGUGUGAAGUUCUUAAUACAGCUAUGUUAAAUCGCAUUGCUUCGAAAGAAAUAUUAUUAAUUGCCGAAGAUACAAUCAACUGUAAUUCAUAUGUAAAAAAGAAAGUAUUAAGAGUAUUAUCGAAUAAUGAUGAUGAUAAUUCUAAAACUGCUGGACUUUCAAAAGAAAUUGUAAUUAAAAUUGGAGCAAAAGUUAUGAUAAGGCGUAAUAUUGAUGCUACUUUGGGUCUUGUAAAUGGUACAAUAGCUACAGUAGUUUCAGUUGUAUACAAUAUUACCCCAGUCUGCCGUUUGGAAAUUUAA